CUAAGCAAAGAAAAUAUACAAUAAAAGUAUGGUGGAUAUUGCAGCAGCAAACCAGACCUCUAUUCCAUCCUCAAGAUGAGGGAGACAUUUGGAGGUUAGAGAGAGAGAGAGAGGGGGGAGAGAAGAGGUUUAAGGGAGGGUUUUUUGGUCCACCAACUGGUGGUUAGAGAUUGAGCUCCUUAACCAAACGUCAUCAGCAGCAGCUAGAACCAGGUCAAGCAACAGCAACAUCAACAACAACUACUGGGGGAAGAAGAAGAUGAUGGGAAGAAAGCAAAGCAAGGCUGGAGAGAGAAGAACCCAUUAAAGGAUCUAGACAGUGAUGGAAAAAGAAAGUUAUUAUUAUUUCUCUUGGACAACAAGGGUUUGAGUUUCUCAGAUAAAAAGAAAGAAACCCGUUGAGGUGUUUUCAGGUAGAUAUAGAGAGAGAAAAAGAGAAGGGGGUUUGGUUUGUUUGUCUAUGAUAUGAGCCUGUAACUCUCACGUGGGUGUCAAUGGAAUGAUGGAUGUAGAAUAUAUGAUAAGAAAAAAAGUAGUAAAAGGGUGAUGAUUUUCGUACUUUGAGCUUUAUUAUCACAUAUAUAUAUUUAUAUAUAUAAAGUUCGUUCGUUUUCUGGGUUUUUCUUUUCGGGUUUUGAAUUGGGAGAAGGAGAGCGUGUGAUGAGAAAGUGGCGGUUCUUGAGUCUCGGGAUCGCCAUGUUUCCGUUCAGCGAGGAUUGUUUCGGCGGAUCAGGGCUUUUCUGUUCCCCACAAGAGACACAAUUCUUGCUGGAUUUCAGUUUACAAAGCAACUAGGCAAUUGAAGUCAAGGCAAGUUUUGAGACUCAUAAAGAGAAAGGAUGGCUACUUAUUUCCCUAGUUCAGAUAAUCAAAGAGAUGCUGCCCCAACCCUUUACUUGAGGGAGCCUUGGCCCAGUUCUAGUUCAGAUGCACCAGUUAGUUCCAGUAACAUGAUCAUGUAUAUGAACUACUCGUCUUCCGGAUCAUGUACAGAUGCAUUGGCUGGGAGUUCCGAGCAGCAGAACAGCUGCAAUGACAUUCUACCCAUGGGUGCUUCUGUUUCUGCCCCAACACAGCAGGAAAUCCUAUCAAAUCUUGGAGGAUCACGGAUUGGCGAGCAUGAUUUUAGUGGCUGGGCGAAUGGUAGAAAUGAGAUGCCAUUCGUACACCCAAUGGGCACUGCCUCUGACAUUCUUCAGGGGGUGCAGAAUUUUCAGGGUCAAGGAUUAUCCCUUAGCCUUAGUACUCAAAUCCCAUCUGCAAUGCAAAUGCCUUCUAUCGAUUACAGGAAUCCGACUUUGGGUUUUUCUACCUUCUUGAGUCCUAAUUUGUCGAUUUCGGUUGAGGGGAGUGGCAGAAGUGCAUCUGUUAGGGAUGAUGAAAAGUCACAGAAUACACAAACAAGAAAUGUUGAGUAUAUGCCUCCUGGUUUUCUUGGGGGCAAUUCAGAUGCAAUGAAAACAGACAUAUCUCCAUAUGGAAUGUCAAGUGUUGCAAGAACAAUUCCCAAUUCAAAGUACUUGAAAGCAGCUCAGCAACUACUUGAUGAAGUUGUUAAUGUUCGAAAUGCUCUGAAGCAGGAUUCCAAGAAACAACCUUCAAAAGAAAUUGACGGGGAGUCAAAGAAUGAAACCAUGUUGCCCCCUUUGAGUGGCGUGUCUUCCAAUGCCCAAGAGAGCAUCAACACCUCCCCUAGCGAGCUUUCAGCAGCUGAAAAACAGGAUCUGCAGAACAAGUUGACAAAGCUUUUGUCCAUGUUGGAUGAGGUUGAUCGAAGGUACAAACAGUAUUAUCAUCAAAUGCAGAUUGUAAUAUCAUCGUUUGACGUUGUAGCUGGAUGUGGAGCAGCAAAACCAUACACAGCACUAGCCCUUCAGACAAUUUCCCGCCACUUUCGUUGCUUGCGGGAUGCAAUAUCUGCCCAGAUUCGAGUGGCAAGAAAAAGCCUUGGCGAGCAAGAUGCUUCAGAAAAUAGCAGAGGAGUUGGAAUAUCACGCCUUCGCUAUGUGGAUCAGCAUCUCAGGCAGCAGAGAGCACUUCAACAGCUUGGCAUGAUGCAACAACAUGCAUGGAGACCACAAAGAGGGCUGCCUGAAAGCUCAGUUUCUAUUCUUCGUGCUUGGCUAUUUGAACACUUCCUUCAUCCCUACCCUAAAGAUUCUGAAAAGUUAAUGCUAGCAAGGCAAACAGGCCUGACAAGAAGUCAGGUUUCAAACUGGUUUAUAAAUGCUCGGGUCCGUCUCUGGAAGCCAAUGGUAGAAGAGAUGUACAAAGAAGAAAUUGGCAGCGGGGAGAUGGAUUCUAUUUCUUCAUCUGAAGCUGCAGCUAAAGCAACAAAAGGCGAUGCAAGUGCAUCUGAGGAUAGAGGGGAAGACUUGCAACAAAGCCCAACAUCUGCAGCAUUUGAGCGAUGCAGCAGCGGGCAGUUCCUCGAUACUAAAAACAAUCUCAUUCCCGAUGUAGAAAUGGCGGGAACAACAAAUGAUACCCCUUUCCCAACCGGGACUCAUGGUGGAGGAACUGAAAUCGAAUAUGGCGUGAUGAAAUCAAGGGGGGAGCAAAGGCUUGGUGUGGAUGACAGUGGUCUUUACCCGGAAACAUUGGUGCACUCUGAUGAAGGCGGCGGGAGGUUCAUGAGAGCCGCGGCUGCUGCAUACCACAUGUCAGAGCUGGGAAGGUUCGGGAAUGGAACUGGGGUCUCUCUCACGUUAGGAUUACAGCACUCUGAGGGCGGCAGUCUCCCCAUGUCCGUCGACACUCAUCACAGUUUUCUUGCCAUGAGAGGGGACGUCAUCUAUAACACCGAAUCUUCAUCUGUUGAGCCUCAGCCUCAGCCUCAGCCAGCCGACUACGACUGCAUGGAUCCUGGCAACCGGCAGCACAGAUUUGGCCCCUCCCAUCUGUUACAUGAUUUUGUAGCUUAAGAAGCAUGCUGAUGAAUAUGUUUUGAGCUCCUCUAUUGGAAGAAGAACAAGCAAGGGUACUGAUGGCUGUGCUGAGCUUUGAAUGUUAUCCAGGGGGCUUGAUUUCAAGCCUCUGGACAUGGGAUGACACGGAACUUCUUCACAGAUGUAUUAUAGCAAAAGAUUGGAUUAAGGUUAGUAUAUAUAUAUAUAUGUAAAGAUGAAUAUUUUUUGGUUACAUAUGUUGGAGAAACCUUGUAGCAUUACUUCCAACUUUAGCAUUGAAAAGAGUGGAUCAUCUUGUUUGGAAUAAGGAUCUCCCUUGGCCAUUUUGAUACACAUUGUUGUU